AUGUCCCAACAAACACAGUCAGUCUCCGUCACAGACCUCGAGCUCCCCCAAUUGCAGGACGUCAAACGACAACUAGACGAGGAGAUAUCCCACUUGACCAACUCCUACGCUCAGCUCAAACAAGCCCAUUCAAAGUUCAAGACUUGCCUCGACUGUGUGAAGGAAGUCCGGCCCGGGAAUGCUCGGAAAACGAUACUUGUACCGUUAUCGAGCUCGUUAUAUGUUAAUGGCAAGCUGAGCGAUCCGGAGAAGGUGUUGAUUGAUGUUGGUACGGGGUAUUAUGUGUCUAAGGUGUGCCUAUCCACUCCGACCGCCUGCCACUUCAAUCUCUCGUCCAUUUCCUGUAUCCACCUCUUCCGACAGUCGCUCACAUCCAAGCAGACACGAGACCAAGCCGCCUCCCACUACCAGCAAAAGAUCGAGUUUGUCGACGGCAACCUCAAGAAGGUCCAGGAGACGAUCGAGAAGAAGCAGGAGAACCUCAACCUCGUCCUGCAGGUGAUGCAGAUGCGUAUGGGCCAGGCGGGUGGUGCGAAAGGUUGA